GACAUCCCCAAUGCCGUCAUUGUUGUGGGCUGGGAGUAGAAGAUGGCAGCUUCCUAUUUUGCCUCGGGAUUAUCCUCUCCCUGCGGAUGUUGAACAGUUCGCUGUGGAUAUUCUCCUUACUUUCCGGAUCGCUUCAUUCAAUAACCUUACCCUUCUAGAUGUGUGCAUGUUGAGGUGUUAGACAUGGAGAAGAGCGGCAGUAUGGACAGUCUGGGAUCCAAGAGGUCCUCCUCCCGACAAGCCAGUGUGGAUUCACUUUCCAGCAGUACCUCGACCUCCCGCUCCGACCGCUCCGCCCAGACGAAGCCCCCCUCAGCCAUGUCCUCGGACUCGGUGAGCACCUCCGCGGAGCUCUCCCCGGAGCUCAAGGUCCGACCGAAAGCCCAGAUCAAGCAGAUACCCAACGAGUGUAAAGAAGAGCCACAGUUACUUCCAGGCGAAACUGUCGUAGAUGUCGCCAAAGAGGUGAUGUACAUCUGUCCGUUCCGGGGGCCCCUGCGAGGCACGGUGAACGUGACCAACUACCGGCUGUUCUUCAGGUGCAUGGAACAGGAGCCGGUGUUUGUGCUGGACCUGCCGCUCGGCGUGGUGAGCCGCGUGGAGAAGAUCGGCGGAGCGUCCAGUCGGGGAGACGUGUCCUACGGUCUGGUCUGCAAGGACAUGAGAAAUCUACGCUUCGCUCACAAACAGUCGGAGGACGCUCUGAAGAAGUCCAUCUUUGAAGUCCUGAUGAAAUACGCGUUCCCAGUUUCCAACGGGCUGCCAAUCUUUGCGUUUGAAUACGGUCAGGUGUUCCCAGAGAACGGAUGGAAGGUUUACGACGCUAUCGCUGAGUACAAGAGACAGGGCAUCCCCAACGAGAGCUGGCGUGUGACGAAGGCCAACGACCACUACGAGCUGUGUGACACCUACCCCUCCUCCCUGGCCGUGCCGGUCAACAUCCCCGACGAGGACAUCAGGAGGGUGGCCGCCUUCCGGGCCAAAGGUCGGAUCCCCGUGUUGUCGUGGAUCCACCCAGAGAGCCAGGCCACGGUGACCCGCUGCAGCCAGCCCAUGGUGGGGGUGAACGGGAAGAGGAGCAAGGAGGACGAGAAGUACCUCCAGGCCAUCAUGGACGCCAACGCCCAGUCGCACAAGCUGUUCAUCUUCGACGCCCGGCCCAGCGUCAACGCCGCUGCCAACAAGAUGAAGGGCGGGGGCUACGAGAGCGAAGACGCCUACCAGAACGCGGAGCUGGUCUUCCUGGACAUCCACAACAUCCACGUGAUGAGGGAGUCCCUCCGCAAGCUGAAGGAGGUGGUGUACCCCAACAUCGAGGAGCCCCAUUGGCUGUCCAACCUGGAGUCCACCCAUUGGCUGGAGCACAUCAAGCUGAUCAUGGCGGGGGCUCUGAGGAUCGCGGACAAGGUGGAGUCGGGGAAGACGUCGGUGGUGGUGCACUGCAGCGACGGCUGGGACCGCACCGCCCAGCUCACCUCCCUCUCCAUGCUCAUGCUGGACGGCUUCUACCGGACCACCCGCGGCUUCCAGGUGCUCCUGGAGAAGGAGUGGCUGAGCUUCGGACACCGCUUCCAGCUGAGGAUCGGCCACGGCGACAAGAACCACACGGACGCAGACCGCUCGCCCGUCUUCGUCCAGUUCAUCGACUGCGUCUGGCAGAUGACCCGCCAGUUCCCAGCAGCGUUUGAGUUCAACGAGAACUUCCUGGUCACCAUGUUGGACCACCUCUACAGCGGGCUGUUCGGGACCUUCUUGUGCAACAGCGAGCAGCAGAGAGUGAAGGAGGAGCUCCCCAAGAGGAGCAUGUCUCUGUGGUCGUUCAUCAACAGCCAGCUGGAGGACUUCAGCAACCCGCUCUACGUCAACUACUCCAACCACGUCCUGUUCCCCGUGGUCAGCCUGCGCCACCUGGAGCUCUGGGUGGGGUACUACGUCCGCUGGAACCCCCGCAUGAGGCCACAGGAGCCGGUGCACCAGCGCUACAAGGAGCUGCUGGCCCGGCGGGCGGAGCUCCAGCGGCGGGUGGAGGAGCUGCAGAGGGAGGUGACCAACCGCUCCGCCUCCUCCUCCUCCGAGAGGGCGGGGUCCCCCACCCGCUCCAUCACCCCCGUCCAGACCUUCGUCUGACCUCCACCUCCUCCAGCACCCUACCUUCUAGCGCACCCUACUGCCUACAAUAUCCUACCGUCUAGGAGAUCUACCCUACCUUCUAGAACCCUACCUUCUAGAACCCUACCUUCUAGAACCCUACCGUCUAGAACCCUACCUUCUAGAACCCUACCUUCUAGGAGACCCUACCUUCUAGAACCCUACCUUCUAGAACCCUACCUUCUAGAACCCUACCUUCUAGAAUAUCCUUCCCUCUAGAAGAGACCCUGCUGUCGCCAAUAUUCUACCGGCUUCUACACAUCCUAAGCUCCUCAGGGUCGGACCUACCACAGGUCCUACCUUCUAGAACACUACCUACCACAGGUCCUACCUUCUAGAAGACUCUACCCACCACAGGCCCUACCUUCUAGAAGACUCUACCCACCACGGGCCAUACCUUCUAGAAGACUCUACCCACCACGGGCCAUACCUUCUAGAAGACUCUACCCACCACGGGCCAUACCUUCCACACUAACGACCGCCCUGCACCAAAGAGAGUGUGUGUGUGUGUAUGUGCGUCUGUCUGUAUGUGUGCGUGUAUGUGUGUGUGUGUGUGUGUGCCAGACGUAUUUAGCGACCAGAGCAGAGGUGCUGUAGCCCCGCCUCCCAACCUCCAGGGUUGAGACAUCAUCCAAUGGGAACGCUCCAUCAUAUCAGCCAAUCAGACGCAAGGACUGAUCCUCUUAGAAACACUAGUGGUCAUUAAACUAAGUUAUUAAUGAAUAGUAUGGCUUGUAUACACUCUCUAAGGGCUUAAUGUAGACACAGCGUCUGCGUCGACGCUCACUUGCCAGCCAUGACGCAUGCAGGUGUGCUGUACACUGAACCACAUCCCGGUAGGGCUCUGGGUCCUCUGGAACGCGACCAAAACUCAACCAGGAACUGGAUUCAACUCUUAAGUAGUGUGACCAAAAAACGAUACGACGGUCGACCGUGGACACGUUUAGAGCGUAACAGUAUAGCUACACUAUGAUAUUCCUCUUAAUGAUAACUAACACCCUUUCACUUUUCAAACUUAACACGUGACAACACUAUUCUACUUUAUGAAGGACAUGUUUUCACGCUUUCUCAGCUUGUUGUAAGUUGAGUCAAUAUGUGUUCAUGAUUUCAUCCAACCGGCGAGAGAUGACCUUUGGGCCAAACUUUUUGUGUUACAUGGGAGUUAUUGUUUUUAAAAUGAGACAACAUGGAUUAUACACUAAGAAAAAUAAUGUUUUGAGAGGUUGUUUGCCAUAACUAAUGGGAGGAGACAUCUGUGCCUUUUUUAACACUGUCUGCGUUCCGCUUCAGUGAUUUAACCAGGUGCCCAACCAGUGAUUUAACCAGGUGUAUAACCAGUGAUUUAACAAGGUGUGCAACCAGUGAUUUAACCAGGUGUGUAACUAGUGAUUUAACAAGGAAACCAGGUGCACAAUCAGCGAUUUAACAAGGUGCCCAACCAUUGUAUGACUUGUCUGCAUAGUGAGUACUUCAGGUGUGAGUUUCAGGACAUUACCAGAUCUAGAGAUACGAUUUAGUGCCUUUUUAUGUACACGUGGAACCUAGCAUGAGAUGGAGGUCACUGUUACAGUUUGUGAUUGAUGAACCAGAUAUUGUGAUCCAUCCCAUAAUAAAGUGGCGCCAUGA